AUGCCGGAGGAAAUAAUGGAAGCCGAGUGGAGAAUGGCUGACUCGUUGUCGCAACAGCUUCGCAUUCAAUGCCAACGAUACAAAAUUCUACUCACACACUAUGCAUGUGAUGGAGGUCUCGUCGACCUGGACCCCUGUUUCGAGCUCUUCGGUCAUUCUGGGACUGCCGGCCGCUCGGACCACCGGUUUGGGUCAACAAUUUAUGAAGUAAUUGGUGUUCGUGUUCGUGCGAAUCAACAUGGGUACCUCAAACCACCUUCCCUUCGUAGAGAUCGACAUCUAAACCAGCGACAGGCGAACCACGGUCGGCUGUUGGGACAACACAUCGAUCCCAGCCUCCAGGCGUAUAAAAGGUUGCGCAAGAUGUCGUGGGACGUCGUGCCUCGCUUCGACUUCCCGGGUAGCGGUCCCUGGACUCUGUUUCCCAUGAGGACUAGCGGCCUCUACACUGGUGGAUCUCCGGGUCCGGACCGCGUUAUCAUCCAAGAUGGCGAUUGCUCGAUUGCCGGGCAGAUCACCCACACUGGCGCCUCUGGUAACGCCUUUGUCGGCUGUUCCGGUACCAGCUAGAGUGGUAAAGAUCGCGACGCGGAUGUUUUGACAUUUCAAUCACUUCAUGCGAGGGCGGAAGGAAUGUUUCGACAAAUGUUGCCGCACGUACAAGAGGGUGCUAUG